AUGGCACGCCUACGCAGCGCGGCCCGCUUAAGCUCGCUACCCCUCUCGCCGAACGUUCUGUUUAAUCGACAAAGCAGCCGACUCCCUCGCUUUCCCCCUACAUCCAUACGCGCGUUCGCCCCGUAUUCCACAUCCGUACCGUCCCCGGACGAAAACAACCACAAGUUCGUUUACAACGUCGCGGCAUCCUACAUCGCUAAAGGCCGAGGUUACGAUCCAUCAACCCACGUCUUCCAGUUCAACCCCUACAACCGCGUACAGCCACCGAAGGCUGGUCGGGGAAAGGCUUCACGGCCCGAGUCCGGACAAGAUGCUUUCUUUGUAAGCCGCUUUGGCUCCGUCCCCGGCGAGGUGGCGCUCGGCGUGGCAGACGGCGUAGGGGGGUGGAUGGACAGCGGCGUCGAUCCUGCGGACUUUUCACACGCGAUAUGCGAUUACAUGGCGGCAUCAGCCGUCGAUGCGAUUCCCACAUCGACAGGGACGGGAAAGCCGCUGACGGCACGGCAACUCAUGCAAAAGGGCUACGAAGCCGUCUGUUAUGACCGGGCGAUCAAAGCCGGCGGUAGCACCGCCAUUGUUGGGCUGCUCACAUCCGAGGGCCUCCUCGAGGUUGCCAACCUGGGAGACAGCGGCUUCAUCCUGCUCCGCUUGAACGGCGUCCAUGCGUUUAGUGAGCCGCAGACGCACGCUUUCAACACCCCGUACCAGCUGAGCGUGGUGCCGCCCAGCAUGCUGCUCCGGGCAGCCGCCUUUGGCGGGGCACAGCUGAUGGACCAACCGCGCGACGCCGAGGUGACACGGCUCCGCCUCCGACAUGGUGAUGUCCUGGUACUUGCGAGCGACGGUCUCUGGGACAAUCUCUUCAACCAGGACGUACUACGGAUUGUGAGCCGGACGAUGGCACGGGCCGGCGCGUGGGCGAGCACGGAGCGCGGCGUGCAAGUCGCCACAGACCUGCGGCCGUUUACCACGCUAGGCGAAGCCAACACGCCCGCGGCUACCACCCACCCGACGCUCCAGAGCCUUAUCGCUACCGAGAUUGUCGGCGCGGCCAAGGCCGCUAGUGUCAACGCGAAGCUAGACGGGCCGUUUGCGAAGGAGGUGAAGAGGUAUUACCCGCACGAAGUGUGGCACGGCGGAAAGGAAGAUGAUAUUUGCGCCGUGGUGGUGCUGGUAUCAGAGGAAGAAGCCCCCACGAAGGCGAAGCUCUGA